AUGCUCGACGAAUGGUUUUUUCUUUACAUUCCGCGACUUUUUUGCGCGCUCUCAUUUCUGGUAAAUCCUAUAUUUGUCUAUCUUAUCUUCUCUGAAAAAUCUGCUAAUUUUGGCAACUAUCGAUUUCUUCUCUUAUCUUUCGCAGUAUUCAACUUGAUCUAUUCAGUUGUGAAUGUACUUGUUCCACUGGACAUCCACAGCUAUGGUUAUUGUUGUUUCCUCACCGUCAGACAUGGGCCGUUUUCUGAAGUUUCCGAGUUCAACUUUCACAUGUUGGUCGGUCGCUGCUCUUUGGUGUCAGCUAGCUACGCAAUUAUCCUACUCCAUUUUGUCUAUCGGUACCUUGUGGUUCAAAAGUCAAGCCUUACUGACCGGAACUUCCACUGGUAUAUGACUAUAUCGGCGUUUGUUUUAGUAUUGUAUUUUGUAACAUGGCACGCAAUUUGUUACUUCCCAGGCCGUGCAAAUGUGGAAACCAGAGAGUAUAUUCGCAAAGAUUUCCUUGAGAUUUAUGGCACUGACUCAAUGAAUUGUAAUAUGAUUGGGACCUUGUUUCGUGGAGGAUCUGGGGAAACAACGUUUCGAUCAUGGGCAGCCACAAUUAUGGUAACCCUAUUAUCAGUGGCGUCUAUAUUCUCAUUUUUAAUCAUGGCUAAGAAAAUAAUGUACAAACUGAAGAAAAUGACAGUGAACGCUAGCAAAAAAACAGUGAAGCUUCAAUUUGAACUACUACGAGCAUUGAUUGUCCAAACCGUCAUUCCUAUUUUCAUCAGCUUUUCCCCAUGUCUACUUUGCUGGUAUAGUCCAGUUUUUGACAUCCAAUUGCCCAGAGGAUUCAACUACUUGGAACUUAGUGCUCUUGGACUUUUUGCGUUUGUUGACCCGGUGGCAAUAAUUCUCUGUCUUCCGAUUCUCCGGAAAAGAAUUUUUUGUUUUAACCGUCACAAUUCAUCAAUCGCGGUUGGGGUGGAGGGAAUUAAAGAUUAA